AUGCUGCUUCGAUCUAUACUGCGGCCCAGGUCACUGCGGCCCGCGGCUUUUCGCUUGGUCCGCUUCAACACUUCUGUGCCACUCAUCCGCAUCAAGGAUGCUUCGUUCUACAAACAGCACCCCGAUGUUAAUGGUGCAUCCAAUCCCCCCAUGUUCUCCCAAUUGAACUUCACACUCCCCUCCGCACAAAGCCCUGAUAUUCACCACUGGGCGAUAAUCGGAGACACGAACCGAGCGGAUCUACUCGAAAUCUUCCGUGGCCAACAUAUUAGCGACCCACCCGAAGCGCGUUCAUAUCCAUACCUUCUCACAGACGAAAUCUCCGCUAAAGCUCCACAACAUCGCUCGGUUUCAAAUGCAAUCCAAUUUGUGGGAUUCAAUGGGCAAGACUCGGGGUCCGUCGCUGGCACCCGCGGUGCAUACCUCAGUGCGCGUUAUGAGAGCCUGCGGGAGGAGACUGAUUGGACGCUGCGACAAUAUCUGCGUGGCCAGACCUCGUUGAAUCCCGUCGAAGGUGAAGAAAACGGAAUUGUGGAAGACGAGGACUUCCUCAACCAGGUUGUCACCCAGCUAAACCUAGAAGCUUUGCUUGACAUGCCAAUGCAAAAUCUGAGCAAUGGCCAAAUGCGCCGAGCACGGAUUGCCAAGGCGCUGUCCAAAAAACCGCAGCUUCUGAUCAUUGAUGAACCAUUUAUCGGGUUGGACCCCGCUACAGUAAAAAGUAUAUCCGCGCUGUUGCAUCGAUUUGCGCAGAGAGGCUCAUUGCGAUUAAUUCUUGCUUUCCGCCCUCAGGAUCAAGUGCCGGAUUGGAUAACUCAUAUGAUGAUUUUGGGCAACGGUCACAACGUUCUUUUGCAGGGUCCAGCGAAUGAUGUUCGUCAAUCAUUAGCAUCGUGGGCACCUCUCCUGCAUCCCAGGAAGCUUAAGGCGAGCCCAGUGACGUCUCCUAUGAUUAAAAAAGGCUGGGAAAGCAUUCACGCCGGUAUCCUGGACCGGGUGUUGCUACGAGACUUACUAGGCCUGAAGGCUUCCCCAAAGACACAACUCAGGAUGAGGGCAAUGGAUGGCGAACCACUCAUUGAAAUGGCCGGAGUCCGCGUUCAGUAUGGAGAUAAGGUUGUGCUUGGUGAUUGGACGUCAGAAGUGAAUGGCCAACAGAAAGAGGGCCUGCACUGGCGAGUGCGCCGAGGACAACAUUGGGCUAUCCUUGGUGCUAACGGGUCCGGCAAAACGACAUUACUAUCAAUGAUCACAUCGGAUCACCCGCAAACUUAUGCACAACCCAUAAAACUGUUCGGCCGUCCCAGACUCCCUGAGCCUGGUGUACCGGGGAUCUCAAUCUUCGAACUCCAGUCUCGAAUCGGCCACUCCUCACCGGAAAUUCAUUCACUCUUCCCUCGCAACUUGACUAUUCGCGGAGCACUUGAGUCUGCAUUUGCCGACACAUUUUUGGCUAAACCCAAGUUGAAUGUUCAAAUCGACAAUACCAUCAACAGUUUCCUCCUGUUCUGGCGUCCUGAGCUAGAUUCAAAUUACGAUCCAAGCUCAAAACCAAACGUCUCUACGACGCACUUUCCCGUGCCACACAGAACCUACGCAAUGGAUUCAAUCCUUCCAAUUGAUUCUCACGUCAACUAUGCAGACAAGAUCACGUUUGGUCGACUUAGCAUCGCGCAGCAACGCAUUGUGCUCUUCUUGCGGGCCCUGAUCGCCAAACCAGAUAUUGUUAUUCUCGACGAAGCUCUCUCCGGGCUGUCCCGCUCAGAGCGCGAUCUGUGCUUGGCAUUCCUCCAGGUCGGCGAAAGUGCCGUGAGUUCCAAGUCUCCUCGCAUCGGUGACGAUAAACACGCCGCCUUUAAGGGCCUCACAAAUGAUCAGGCAUUGAUAGUGAUCAGUCACGUGCCAGAUGAGAUUCCGGACUCUGUCCGCUUCUUCAUGCGCCUGCCAUCUGAUCCUGGUCCUGGUGCUGAAGCUCUCGAUUUUCGUUUGGCCUCGCUGGCCAGCGUUGAUGCCACUUUGCGGUCCCGGGCAGGCUGGGAAAUGGCUUGGCUACCUCCUUCUGAGUUCGAGAAAAAGGCUGGGCGUGCCAGGCGCCGUACCAAACGAAUGGGUUCGCAAAAGCCUACUGUAGAUCAUGAGAUCCAGGAUCCACUUGAGUUUGGAUGGUGGACGAUAUAG